AUGGGCAACCAGGUGGAUAAAAUUAAACUGUCACAUCUAAGUUACGCAGAAGUUCCCACAGUGGACCCCAACGGACUGGACACUGAGGAGGGUCCUCGAAUCGGAGUGUCUUAUAUUUUCUCAACCGAUGACGAGGAACAGGAGGGCGAAAACAGUAACGUAGAUGGAGCGGAUAAAGAGCACCACACUGGAACGGAACAGAAACACUACGACAAGCGAAACGAGGUGGAGUGCGCGGUUUACCACCGGGAGGAAUGUAUUUACGAGAAGAGCGUCAAGACCGCGGACAUGGAAAUAUAUUCUCCCGAGAAUUUAUUAAACAAAUGCAAGGCAGGUGACCUGGUGGAGUUCGUAACAACGGGGCAGUACCCCCACUGGGCGGUGUAUGUUGGGGACUUCCAGGUGGUGCACCUGCACAGAGCGGAGGUAAAGAACAGCUUCCUGACAGACGCCAGCCAGGGAAGGAGAUGUAGGAUAGUCAACGAGCUGUAUAAAUUCAAAGCCCUCAGCGCCGAGAUGGUGGUUCAGAACGCCAUGGAACAGGUUGGCGCUAAAGACAGAGAGUUGAGCUGGAGAAAUUCAGAGUGCUUUGCCGCUUGGUGCAGGUUUGGCAAACGGGAGUUCAAAAUGGGUGGGGAGAUCCGGAUAGGAAAACAGCCAUACAGGUUAAAGAUCCUGAUGUCAGAUAAACAGUCUCAAAUGCUGGAGUUUCAGUGUUUAGAGGACUUGAUCAUGGAGAAGAGGAGACACGACCAGGUGGGAAGGACAUCAGUGGUCCAGGAGCUGGCCAAUCAUUUGAACAGUGUGGAAGAGAUCAAAAGUGAUCCACUCAGUGAUUCAAUAACUGCACAGGUUACUCAGUGA